UUGCCCAGUUUAAUUUACUUCCAGGAGUACGAUUAUUUUUUGUCAUCGGAAGAAAGAUUGCGUAAGAAAAAGCUCGUCACUUUUUACUGCCAAAAAACAGAAAAAUAUUUGGAUUCAGUAGCACGCGGUGCGUUGAAUAGUCCAUGGGGCGCACGAAUUGCAUUGCCAUUUUACGCACAAUUCGAAACAUUUAAUGAAGCUUAUGAUUAUUGCCCUGAAAUUUCUGGUUCAGCGCGAUCUGACAAGCCAUGA